AAAGGUGGCCCUUCAAAUCAUCGGGGUCUGUUUACAAUUCUUACAAAACAUAAGGAAAACCAACUUGUUAGAUAUUGCAUAAACAUGCAACAGCUUGGAUUUGGUUUAACUAAAUCUGGAGUAAACCAUUGCAUAAUGGAAAUAAUUCACUACAAUAAACAACUAUAUCUAUUCGGAGAUAAAGGACCAUUUAAUAAACUUAAACAAAUAAUUAACAAAAAUUCACUUACAGCAACACAAAUUUGGAAUAUGGAUGAAACUGAGUUCGUUCUUGUAUCUAAGCUAGAAAAAGUUAUUGCAAAAAAAGGCUCACGUCAGGUCCAUAAAGUUGCAUAUAGGAACUCUCAUGAGCAUAUUUUAGUUGCACUAACAAUCUCAGCCACUGGCUUAUACAUUUCUCCUUUAGUUAUCUAUAAAGUAAGUGUUUACGCAAUUUCUGGUUUGCUACAAAGUGCAUCUCCUAAAGCAGUAAUGGGUUUUACAGAUAUUAGCAAAGUAGUAACAAAAUACACCUUCGCAAAACUUUUUGGACCAGCUUUCAUUGAGACUUAUGCACUGUCUGCUAUUUGUAAUGCUUUUAAAGCUACAGAAAUAUGGCUGUUUAACCUCAAGACCAUUAGUCCCAAUCAUUUAAACCCCUCACUAGCAACAGAACAAUUUGAUAUUGUACCUUUUCCUAGCCAGUCUUCAAAACUGUUAAUAUUAGAAAAUAAGAUGCUUAAAAAUGAAAUUGAAUCACUAAAAGUUCAACUUACAGCAACCCAAAAAGAAUUAGGAACCUAUAAAAGUCCUGGAACAAGUUUUUUAUACUCAGUUUUCAAGUACAUCCCUUAUGUUCUGCAAGCUGGACCUUUGGAUACUUCUUCAAUAAACCAACAAGAGCCUGGUCCUUUUCCUAAAAAAAGAACGAUGCUUCCAUUUGCAUAA